CUUGUAAAACUAAGAGGCGAACUAAACUUGAAGUGCGGAGUCUUUACAAGAGAGACGUAACAAACUAGAUACCUGCCAAAUAAAAAUGGACCUGAAACCUCUGUUAAGGAAGCUUGGCACAGUGGGUCGUGCUGGAUUUACCAUCCUCUUUGCCCUGGUAGUCCUAGGGGUGAUGGUGUGGGCCUAUGUUCAGGGCUUCACACUUGUGGACUCACCAUACGGCAUAGUUGCCUUUGGCUUCUAUGGCCUCAUUUUGGGGCUUCAUGUCCUACUGCAGAGUCUGUUUGCCUUUGUGGAGCACCGUCGCAUGCGGUCCCACAGAGAGCCUUGCAGCUACACCAAGACCAUUGGACUCACCAUCUCUGCAUACCAGGAGGACCCUGCCUACCUGAAGGAAUGCCUAAACUCUGUCCGAGCCCUGCAGUACCCGCCUGAGCUUUUGAGGAUCAUCAUGGUGGUGGAUGGAAACACAGAGGAAGAUGUUUACAUGAUGGAUAUGUUCAGGGAAAUCUUUGCUGAUCAGAACCCUGGCUUCUAUAAGUGGGACCAUAACUAUCACCAGCCAGUUAGUCCAGCUGGGGAUGCGGUUUUGGGGGCUGGGGAGGAAGACCCCCAGAGGAUUGAAGUGGAAGAGUUGAUCAGAACCAGACGAUGUGUCUGCAUCAUGCAACAGUGGGGCGGCAAGAGGGAGGUGAUGUACACAGCCUUCAAAGCCUUGGGAGACUCUGUGGAUUAUGUGCAGGUGUGUGACUCAGAUACCAAGUUGGACCCGCUGGCUACAGUGGAGCUUUGCAAAGUGCUGGAGAGCAACCCAAAGUAUGGUGCUGUGGGUGGUGAUGUGAAGAUCCUAAACUUAAAGGACUCCUUCAUCAGCUUCAUGAGUAGCCUGAGAUACUGGAUGGCCUUCAAUGUGGAGCGAGCCUGCCAGUCCUUCUUCAACUGUGUCUCCUGCAUCAGUGGCCCCCUGGGUCUCUACAGGAAUGACCUCCUUCAGCAGUUCUUGGAAGCCUGGUACAAUCAGAAGUUCCUUGGGACACACUGCACAUUUGGAGAUGACCGUCAUCUCACCAACCGCAUGCUUAGCCUGGGCUAUGCAACCAAGUACACAGCCCGGUCUAAGUGUUUCACAGAGACCCCAGCCCAGUUUCUGAGGUGGCUGAACCAGCAGACGCGCUGGACAAAGUCCUACUUCCGUGAGUGGCUCUACAACUCCCUGUGGUGGCACAAGCACAGCCUGUGGAUGCCCUAUGAGGCCAUUGUGUCCGGCAUUUUUCCCUUUUUCGUCACGGCAACUGUCAUCAAGCUAUUCUGGACAGGAUCAGUGUGGGACAUCAUCUGGGUUCUCUGCUGCAUUCAGAUCAUUGGCCUGAUUAAGGCCUUUUACGCUUGCCUCCUCCGCAAGAACUUCAUCAUGAUCUUCAUGUCGCUCUACUCCAUGCUGUACAUGACCAGCCUCCUACCUGCCAAGUAUUUUGCCAUUCUCACCAUGAACAAGAGCAGCUGGGGCACCUCGGGCAGACGAAAGAUUGUGGGUAACUACAUCCCCCUCUUACCUCUCACAAUUUGGUUGGCCAUUCUGUUGGCUGGCUUAUGUUACACUAUUUACAGGGAGACCCUGGAAGAUUGGUCUACACCUGCAAAGCAACUGGAAAUCCAGUACUUGAUUUAUGGCUCUGUCAGCUAUGUCCUUUACUGGCUCUUCAUGAUCCUACUCUACUGGGCAUGGUUCCGGAAGUUGUGUCGUAAACGGUCAGGAAGUUACAAUGUGAGUGUGUAG